AUGAAGUGUUGGGCUAACCAACAAAAGAGCCUUAUCCCUCGUACCCUUUAUCGAAACCACCGUGAAGCUUGGGACGAUCAUAGAGGCCCAAAAGGACCCAUAACCUUGACAAAUGACAAGAGAGGCCCUAGGCUGGAGACUAUCAUAGAGGCCGAAAGCUGGAAGAGUGGCCUAAAUCCUAUACACGAAGCGCAUAAAUUAUUUGAUUGGUUUAAAGGCAGCGAUGCACCAAAAAACCAAAUCAUUGGGAAGCCAUGGAAAGUCAUGAGGGUACUCUUGCAUGUAGCUUGA